AGAAGCGUGCGAGGAAUUCGGCGGCUCCUCUACUCGGUACGGUUCGGUAUAAGUGGGCGUAUUUUCGCUGUUUCUCGGCCACGCCCCCUCGGCUGCAGUGAGAAGGACGUCCUGGUCGGAGAGCAGGAAAAACAAUAAGCGGCUGAGUGAAAGAGGUCCCAUUGAAUUCCAGGGUGUACGCUGAGAAACAAGGAGAGGGAUCAUGUCACCCAGUAAGCAAAUUCGAGUGCUGGUCCUCAAUGACAUGGAGAAACUUGAAAGGACCCUCUUCCGCUUGGAACAAGGGUUUGAGCUGCAGUUCCGGCUGGGUCCCACUCUCCAGGGGAAACAUGUGCACGUUCACAUCAACUAUCCAGCUGUGGGCGAGCGCUUUGAUCGGCACCGCUUUCACACCCUCGACUGGGUCAACCCCACAGGCAGAGAGGAUGAUUCGGAUAAGUUCUGCUCCCUCGACCUGCAGAUCGCCGGCUCUUACCAGUAUUACUUCGGCCAUGUAGAGGAGGAGAAAAGUGGUGGUGGAUAUAUAGUGGUGGACCCAGUGCUGCGCGUAGGAGCCGAUAACCACGUCUUACCAUUAGACUGCAUCUGCAUCCAGACCUACCUGGCUAAAUGCCUGGGGCCCCUGGACGAGUGGCUUGACCGGCUCAGGGUGUCUAAAGAGACGGGUUACAAUAUGAUCCACUUCACGCCGCUGCAGACUCUGGGUGAGUCUCGCUCCUGCUACUCUUUGGCUGACCAGCUGGAGGUGAACCCGGAAUUUUCUCCUCCAGGGCAGAGCUACACCUGGGCGGACGUGGGCAACCUCGUGGAGAAGAUGAAGAAGGAGUGGGAUAUGCUGUGCAUAACUGAUGUGGUCUACAAUCAUACAGCUGCUAACAGCGCCUGGAUAAGGAAGCAUCCAGAAUGUGGCUACAACCUGAUGAACUCUCCCCAUCUGAGGCCAGCCUGGGUGCUGGACAGGGCACUGUGGUAUGUGACCUGUGACAUCGCAGAUGGAAAGUACGCUGAGCGAGGCGUCCCAGCACUCAUACAGAGCGAGCAUCACCUCAAUGCCAUCCGAGGAAUCUUCUGGCAGGACGUGUUUCCCAAGAUUAAGCUGUGGGAGUUUUUCCAGGUCAAAGUUGAGCCUCUAGUGGAGCAGUUCCGGACUUUGCUCCAAACUGGGGCCAAACCGGACAGGAGUAAAACAGAUGGCAAGAAGCAGCUGAGGGUCAUCCAGGACCCUCAGUACAGACGCUUUGGAAACACAGUGGACAUGAAUGCAGCCCUGGAGAUGUUUGUGCCCAAUGGAAACAGUCCAGGGGCCAUUGAGGAUUGCUGUAACUGGCUCAGGAAGAGACUAGAGGAACUGAAUGCAGAACAGUGCAGAGAGGUCAACUAUCAUCAGGAACAGGCUACUAACUGUUGCCUUGGUACAGUGUCUUAUGAGCGCUUGGCUGGUCAUGGUCCCAAGCUUGGCCCCGUCACCAGAAAACACCCUCUGGUCACAAGGUAUUUCACUUUCCCGUUUAAAGAGUCGACUCUGGAGCACGACCUGCCACUCAUGGACCAACCAGACAAAGCGUGUCAUUUCCUGGCCCACAAUGGCUGGGUGAUGGGGGACGAUCCACUAAGGAACUUCGCAGAACCAGGCUCUAACGUGUACAUCAGGAGAGAGCUGAUUGCCUGGGGCGACAGUGUAAAGCUUCGCUAUGGUAACGGCCCAGAAGACUGCCCAUACCUGUGGGCUCACAUGCAGAAAUACACGGAGAUCACAGCCAAAUACUUUGCAGGCGUCCGGCUAGACAACUGCCACUCCACGCCGCUGCAUGUAGCUGAGUUCAUGCUGGCAGCAGCCCGUGCCGUCAAGCCUGAUCUGUACGUGGUGGCUGAACUAUUCACGGGCAGUGAGGAGCUGGACAAUGUGUUUGUGACUAGACUAGGCAUCUCCUCACUCAUCAGAGAGGCGAUGAGUGCGGGGGACAGUCAUGAAGAAGGCCGCUUGGUGUAUCGUUAUGGAGGAGAGCCUGUGGGAGCGUUCCUGCAGCCCAGCCUGCGGCCACUGGUGCCCAGUAUCGCACACGCCAUGUUCCUGGACGUUACCCAUGACAACGAGUGUCCCAUUCAGAUCCGCUCGGUGUUUGACUCUCUGCCCAGUUCUGCUAUCGUCUCCAUGGCCUGCUGUGCCACAGGCAGCACACGAGGAUACGACGAGCUUGUUACUCAUCAGAUCUCAGUGGUGUCAGAGGAGCGUUUCUAUCAGAAGUGGAACCCUCAGGCUAAGGCUUCUGCACCGGGAGAGGUCAGCCUGCAGUCGGGCAUCAUUGCUGGCAAACUGGCUCUAAACCGGUUGCACCAGGAGCUCGCAGCCAAAGGCUUCAACCAGGUGUAUGUGGAUCAGGUGGAUGUGGAUAUAGUUGCAGUGACCCGUCACUGUCCCAGCUCACAUCAGUCUGUAGUCGCCGUGUGUCGCACUGCCUUCAAAAACCCCAAACACCAUAAGUACUCAGACGAGGUUCCACCCAUGUUCAUCCCAGGUAAGAUAGAGGAGGUGGUGUUGGAGGCUCGCACAGUGGAGAGGCAGGCAGGCUCCUACAGGAAAGAUGAGAAGAGCAUUAAUGGCCUGCCUGGAUUCACAGUGGAGAUUAAAGAGCACAUCCAGCUGAAGGACAGCAGGGUGGUGAAGCAGGCUGGGGUGACGUCCAAAGGCCGCAACGAGUUUGUGCAGGAGAUCGUGUUCGAGCGCCUCACGCCUGGCAGUGUGAUCACUUUCAGGGUAAGUUUGGACCCCAAGGCUCAGGAGCUUGUGGGAGUUUUGAGAAACCAUCUUAUUCAGUUCAACCCUCACUACGCAGCAGGCAGUGUGCCGGACAAGAACGCCCCAGAAAUCCUGAAAACCCCACUGACACAGGUCAUGGAGAAGCUGACGCUGGCUGAUAUGAAUGUGCUGUUGUUCCGCUGUGAUUCAGAGGAGAAAGAAGAUGGAGGAGGCUGUUACAGCAUCCCUGGCUGGACAGCACUCAAGUAUGGUGGCCUGCAAGGUCUGCUGUCAGUGAUGGCUGACGUUCGGCCUAAAAAUGACCUGGGCCACCCGUUCUGUGAUAACCUGAGGCAGGGUGACUGGAUGAUUGAUUAUGUGAGUAACCGGCUGGUGUCCCGUGGAGGAACGCUCGGAGAGGUUGGUCAGUGGCUCCAGGCCAUGUUUGGCUACCUCAAACACAUCCCUCGCUACCUCAUCCCCUGCUACUUUGAUGCCAUUCUGGUUGGGGCCUACACCACUGCCCUCGAUGCCACCUUCAAACAAAUGUCUAGUUUUGUGCAGGAAGGCUCCUCUUUCGUGCGGUCGUUGGCUCUGGGCUCAGUGCAGAUGUGUGGAGUGGGUCGUUUCCCCGCUCUGCCUCCUCUCUCUCCUGCACUCACCAAUGUUCCUUACAGAUUCAACACUAUCACCAACCAGCAGGAGCAGUGCUGCGUGUCCAUGGCAGCAGGUUUACCUCAUUUCUCGGCUGGAAUUUUCCGCUGCUGGGGCAGAGACACGUUCAUCGCUCUGCGGGGCCUCCUGCUGGUCACUGGCCGUCACAUGGAGGCCAGGAACAUUAUCCUGUCAUUUGCUGGUACUCUAAGGCACGGGCUGAUCCCUAACCUGUUGGGUGAGGGAGUAUCUGCCCGCUAUAACUGCCGUGAUGCUGUGUGGUGGUGGCUGCAGUGUAUUCAGGACUACUGCAACAUAGUGCCCAACGGAGCCAACAUCCUGCAGUGUCCCGUCUCCAGGAUGUACCCCACAGAUGACUCACAGCCACAGGCUCCAGGCACAGUGGAUCAACCUCUGUAUGAUGUGAUUCAUGAAGCUCUGCAGCGUCACAUGCAGGGGAUUGAGUUCAGGGAGAGAAACGCUGGACCGCAAAUUGACCGCAACAUGAGAGAUGAAGGCUUCAACAUUGUGGCCAAAGUGAACCCGGACACUGGCUUUGUUUAUGGAGGCAAUCGCUUCAACUGUGGGACCUGGAUGGACAAAAUGGGCGAAAGUGAAAGGGCACGCAACAAAGGAAUUCCUGCUACACCCAGGGACGGCUCUGCGGUGGAGAUUGUGGCUCUGUGCAAGUCUGCGGUGCGCUGGCUGGUGGAGCUCAAUAAGCAGGGUCUUUUCCCCUACACCAGCAUAAACAUCCACAGAGACGGUUCAAAGCUCACGCUGUCCUAUGAAGACUGGAACAAGAACAUUCAGAACAACUUUGAGAAAAUGUUCUACGUGUCUCAGGACCUCAACGACCCCAAUGAGAAACACCCCGAGCUGGUCCAUAAGAGGGGCAUCUAUAAAGACAGCUUUGGAGCCUCCAGCCCCUGGUGUGAUUAUCAGCUUCGCCCCAACUUCACCAUCGCCAUGGUGGUGGCUCCAGAGCUGUUCACUGUUGAAAGGGCCUGGGAGGCUCUGAAUAUCGCUGAGAAGAAGCUGCUUGGGCCUCUCGGAAUGAAGACGCUGGACCCAGAUGACAUGGUUUACUGCGGCGUUUAUGACAACUCGCUUCACAACGACAACUACAACCUAGCCAAAGGCUUUAACUACCACCAAGGCCCUGAGUGGCUCUGGCCAGUUGGCUACUUCUUACGUGCCAAGUUAUACUUUGCCAAGAAACUUGGGAAGGAAACUUACGACAAGACGGUGUAUUUAGUGAAGAACGUCCUCUCUCGUCAUUACGUGCACUUGGAAAGGUCCCCUUGGAAAGGUCUGCCAGAGCUGACCAAUGAAAACGGUCAGUACUGCUCCUUCAGCUGUGAGACGCAGGCUUGGUCCAUUGCUACUGUCCUGGAGGUCCUCAACGAUCUGUGAAAUUUGAGAAGCUGAGCGCCUGCCUCAAGUCUUCCUGAAUGCUUUCCUCCAGUUGCACCUUACCUUCUUGGAGGCAGUAGAAACAGUAUGCACCUAGUUGCUAGUUUAUUAGCUAGGCCUACCUUGUCCUAGUCUUUGGCCAUUUUAUCAGAAACGCCUACAAAAUAGUUGCACUUUGCAGGUUUAGAGUUGCAGACUGUAGCUCAUCAGCCCCCUCCUACUCUGUUUAGUGGAAGGAGACCACCACUGACCACAUGUUUGAGUGGUGGAUCAUUCUCAUAUGUGUAUCUACUAAGUGCUAACUGAUGAAGUGGCCAGUGAGUGUAGGUAGAACGUAGGUGUAUCUAAUAAGCUAACAGCUCUGUGUGUGAUAUAGUAUGUGCACUGUAUGGUACAAAAGGUUACACAAACCUGUGUUCUGCCAGUAUAAUUAGGAAGUCUAAUUCUUGGUCUAACCCACUUCAUGUAUUGCAAACACAAGCUGAAAGAGCCUCAGGAGCUGAAUUUAAGAGUCAGUGAUGCCUCUGUUUAGCGGUGGCAGUCCAGUGGGCAUUUUUUUUGUUAGGUUGUCGAAUGCAUUUACACUUGUAUAACAUCUUGCUAAAUACAUCUCUGAGCUAAUGAUGAGGUUUGUGUUCAGUUUUAAAUGUGUUUUAAAUGCUUAUUAGGUACAUUUACACCUGCAUUGUUAUGUGUAUUGUCUCAAUCCGGAUAUAAUCCUGAUACGACGCAUGAAGCUGCUAGGUGUAAACAAGGUAUUGGUUAAGGCUUACCCAAAAUGGAAAUUCCAGAGUUUUUGCCAAAUUUCUGCAUAAUAAAUCAUCAAGAUGUAAGCAAAGUCAUUUACGGUGAUGGUUCAUUGUAGAGAAACUGACUGACUCUGAUUUCUUACAGUGGAGGUGAUAGGAACCAGGGGUCACCAUGACUACAACAGAAAUAUAGCCACUUUCUUUACUAUCCACAACCAACAGUGAACCUAAACAAGACUCCUGCCGCACAACACCCCGCAUGUACCCCCACCCACUCUCACCAUGAAUGUAUUAUAACAAAAUAUGUUUUUGGCUCAAAAACCAUCUCAAAACUGUCAAACAGUUUAUUCAUAAGGCAGUGAAUUCAUAACUGUUUCCUUAGAUAGCUGUCUGUGAGGGGGCUUUUAUAGGUGGACGUCUGGUUCCUAUCACCACCACUGUGAACAAUUUUGACUCAACAGAGCAUUUCACACCAGACCACUCUGAACGACUCUGUUUACAUACUAACCAUUUAAUUCAGCAGGAAUUUUGAAAAAUCUGUGGGGUUCCCCUUUAACAUGGAAUGCCCUCUAAGUAAUUGGAUUGAUUGCUGUAGUCUUGCUACUGUUUGUGUAACUGUGUGUUUUGUGGUUUUGGUAGCAUUGAACCUUUCACUGUGUUUACUUUUGAAAAAGCUGGUGGUUGUCUUCCGUCCCCUGCUGUAGAGUCUCUUACAUGUGAAUGUUAAAACUUAAAAAAGUUACAGAGUUGUGUCAUUAAAACACACUGGAGGCUUAGAAAUAAACAGAGAGAUCCAGAAA